AUCAUAAAAAAUUUGCUCAAUAAAAAUAAAAGUGGAAGUCAUUCGGCUUGUAAAUUAUAAUCAUGAGUUCUAAAAGUAAAAAUGAUUUAAUUGUUAAAAAAAUUAUUCACUUAGGUACAAAAAAUGUGGAUUUUGAAUUUGGCACGAAAGUCACAUUUCAUUUUCAAACGAGACUCUGUAAUGAUGAUCGUACAUUAAUAGAUGAUUCUCGUGCACUUGGGGACAAACCAAUGGAACUUGUUAUCGGUAAAAAAUUUAAAUUAGAAGUAUGGGAAGCGAUUGUACAAAAAAUGGCUUUAAAUGAAGUUGCACAAUUUACUGUUGAUAAAAGUUUAGUUAGUCAAUAUCCGUUUGUAUCGAAAGUGUUACGAAAUGCUGUAAAACCAAAUGAAAAACAUCGGGCCCAUUGUUGUGUUGCCACACUACAAAAUGAAGGCGUUGGAUACGAUGAUUUAAAUAAUUUACUUAAAAAACCAUGUGAUUUAGAAUUUACUAUUGAAUUACUAAAAGUUGAAUCACCCAAUGAUUAUAAAAAAGAAUUAUGGCAAUUAUCAGACGAUGAAAAAUUAAAAAUGAUACCGGUUAUUCGGGAACGUGGAAAUAUUGAAUUUCAUGAAAAAAAUUAUGCGGCUGCAGCUGAAACGUACGGUGAAGCAAUUGGUUUAUUAGAACAAUUAAUGUUAAAAGAAAAACCACACGAUGAUGAAUGGAAUGAAUUAAAUAAAAUGAAAAUUCCAUUAUUGUUAAAUUAUUCACAAUGUAAAUUAAAUUUAUCUGAUUUUUAUCCGGUUAUUGAACAUUGUACAACAGUUUUACAAAGUGAACCAGAUAAUAUUAAAGCAUUGUUUCGAAGAGGACGAGCUCAUGUUGGUGCAUGGAAUCCAGAAAAAGCAAAAGAAGAUUUUCGUAAAGUAAUUGGAUUAGAUCCAACACUUAUACCUGCUGUACAAAAAGAAAUGAAAGUUUUAACUGAUACGAUGAAAUUACGUGAUGAACAGGAUAAGAAAAAUUUGAGAAAAUUAUUUUAAGGGUUUGUUUGAAAAAUUUUUUUAGCAAUUCUUGUAAAAAGUAAUCAUCACCGAAAUUCGAAUAAUUUAUGAAUGUUCUAAAAUUAAAUGUUUAUACUGUUAA